GGGGGGGGGGGGUGACGUGACGCCAUUGACGGACGUUGCCGCCGCCGCUGCUGUAGACAUGGUGUGGGCCCGCACGGUGCGCAACUUCAGCACCUCGCUCAUCCGCAGGUCCCAUUACGAGGAGGGCCCGGGAAAGAAUUUGCCCUUCUCUGUGGAGAACAAAUGGAGAUUGUUGGCAAUGAUGUCAGUGUUUUUUGGCUCUGGCUUUGCAGCUCCAUUCCUGCUUGUAUGGCACCAAUUCCUCAAGAAAUGAAACAUUAUUCAGUAGAGAACUCCCAUCAACUAGUAUGAUGCCUACUGCUCAGCUUCUCUGUUGAGAGCCUUUACAUGGAAAUAUUGUUGUAAAUAAAAGUAUUGUCAAAUUAUUUUUUUCAUAAUAGUACAAUUAAUAUCUAAAGUGCAACUUGCAAGCUUUUCCAUUUUUCCUUUCACCUGAAAGGUUUAUGAUGGCUGCUUCAUGCCUAUUGAACAGUUCUUGGGCUGUGCACUUAAGCUAUAACUUUGAAGUUAAACUGAUUUGUCAAUGCAUCUGAUUAAUUAUAGUAAAAUUCUGAUAAUCUGCUAUUUGUUUGUUUGGAGAUUCUGAUGCUUUGCAGCUGAUGCAUUAGGUCCUGAUUUCUGAAUUCUCUUCAAGCUCACUGGGCCUCAGUGAAUACUACUGUAUGAAUCUAAAAGUGAAUUAAACUGUGUUGCGUUAAA